AUGCACAAUGGGGUAGGCCCCCAGACUGGCGUUGAUGCACUGUGCCUAGAGCUCAACCGAAUGUUCUACUUGGACCCACGAAACAACAUCGCGCUUACCGAAAGCCGACCGGAGACUGAACAAGACGACAACUAUAGUGCCCAUGACGAAGAUGAGCCUAACGACAACGAGACCCACGAAACCAACGCUUCCAAUGACGAGGCCGCCAUAAAUGAGCCGCCGAUGAGUGCCCGCCCCAGCUACCCGGGAGACUGCUCCAUAGACACCGAACGCCUCGUCACUCAAGAACUAAUUAGAGAUGACCCGAACAAACUUCACGCACAACAUACUGGCGAGCGAACGCUUCCCAUGUUACCGCCAGCAUCGGCGGCUCCUGGAUCGCUGGUUCCUUUCGCACCAGACUACUCAGACCCACAAAUACAGCUCUUGAUGGAACAAGUGCUAACGCUAGACCGCCAGGUUGCCGAUCUGUAUGCUCGCAUGGACGAUUUAGCUCGCAACAUGGAGCAUAGAUUUGCAGAGCGGCCCGUCGAGAGUGAUCUAGAUAACGAAUCACGCUCAAGUCGCGUGACGAGAAACUCGUCGACCACUUCUACCGCAGGAGUUGCGGAGCCAGCAUCUUCUACAGCAGCAGCUGCUGCGCCUGCCACUAUAACUCCAGCUGCAAUAAUACCAGAUAUGCCUUCGCUGCGGCCGUCAUCUACGAUCCAAGAGCCUCCAUCGCUUGCAGCCUCGAGGCCCGCUGCUUCCUUACAGAUGGCUACCCCUGGAGCGCCUAUUCAACAGCACCCCCAACUCCAGCCGCUGCCUUCAGCAUUCCGUCCUGCGUUUCCUCCGCCUGUAGCCCAUAUGACCAAUCCACGCAAUUCCAGACCCCCGCCGUCGCGAUCUCAGCCCUCAGCCGGGUCCCGACCUCAUAGCAGGUCCCGGAAUUCACGCUGA